AUGCUUGUGUCUAACGCAAUGUACGUUCUGGUGCCGUGUUCACUCAAAGCUGCGCAAGCUACUCUCCGGAAUCGAAAAAAGAAUAGUACGUUUGUGCGGGCGAAGCCCGAGCAGACCAGGAUUCUCGGAUACGCUCGUCGUUCACCGCGUGCUCGCCAGCGCGUGCAGCUGGCCUUGACUGCGCCACCCUCGGUCGCGUUGGCUCGCGACGUGUCCGAUCUAGUCGGGAAUACACCGAUUGUGGAGCUCAAGAAAAUUCCGGAAGAGGAGGGGGUCCAAGCGCAUAUACUAUGUAAGCUGGAGUCCAUGGAGCCCUGCUCGUCCGUAAAAGAUCGGAUCGGCAAGUACAUGAUCGUCGAGGCUGAAAAGCGGGGCGACAUCCAGCCCGGAAAAACGGUGCUCAUCGAACCAACAUCAGGCAAUACGGGAAUUGCCCUGGCAUAUCUCGCUGCAGCUCGUGGUUACCGUCUGAUUCUGACGAUGCCAGACUCUAUGUCCAUAGAGCGGCGAAUGGUGCUGCGCGCUUUCGGCGCCGAAGUGGUACUCACGCCAGCCGCCAAAGGAAUGAAAGGAGCUGUUGCCAAAGCCGAGCAGUUGUUUCACACCACUCCAAAUGCGUACAUGCUUCAACAAUUCAAUAAUCCGGAUAACCCGAAGGCGCACUACGAGACAACUGGGCCUGAGAUAUGGGCCGCAACCGGUGGCAAGGUGGAUGCUUUUGUCGCUGGAGUCGGGACCGGUGGCACGGUUACUGGUGCUGGCCGUUACCUGCGCGAGCAAAACCCGCAUGUCUAUAUCAUGGCGGUAGAGCCGGCGGAGUCACCGGUGCUCAGUGGCGGCCGACCGGGCCCGCACAAAAUACAAGGCAUUGGAGCUGGUUUCGUUCCAGGAAUUUUGGACACCAAGAUAUACAACGAGGUGAAACAGGUUACGAGCAUGGAUUCAAUUGAAAUGGCACGACGUCUCGCAGUUGAAGAAGGUCUUCUGUGUGGUAUCUCCAGUGGGGCUGCUGUGGUUGCGGCGCUCGAGCUUGGUCGGCGACCCGAGAUGAAAGGCAAGAAUAUCGUCGUCAUCAUUCCAUCGUUCGGUGAACGCUACUUGACCUCGGCGCUCUUCGACAAGCAACGUGAGGAGGCGUACAACAUGGUGGCCGUCGAGGUUGAAACCUAA